CCGGCCCGAGCGCGUUGCAGGCGCUCGGCGUAGGGGGAGUCGGGUAGCAGCAUCCUCCCGGGCGCCGCUUUCGCUCGGCGGCGGCGGGGACUUCCUCCACCUUCAGACCUCGUUGGCCACCGGAGGCCGGUGCAGGGGGCGGGGCGGCCAGAGGGAGCCUAGAGCUGUGUGUGCAGGCUUCUUCCAGGCCAGUCGGAGCCUGCCGAGCGGCGGGGUCUUGCCUGCGCUGCCCGCUUUGGGUAUCCUCCUCCAGUGAUGGAAGAGGCACACGCCGCCGCGGGGUCGCGCUGCGCCCCAUCAGCCGCAGCCACAGUUAAGGGAGGAUUCGCCAAUCGGAGGCCGAGAGCGAGGGAGGCAGAGCCGCGGUGCCGGGGGCUGAGUCCCGUGUAAGCCGCUCCCUUCCCGAGCGCCCUCAGCCGGCCUCGCCUCCUGGAGCGAGGAAGGAAGCUGCGGUCCCGAGAGAGCGGAGGAGACGCCGCCGGAGCCGGGACGCGCCGGGGCACGGCGGAGCGCGCAGAAGGGUUCCGGGCCCGGUGAAAGUUUCCCUUUCCGAGCUGCGGGGCACCCGCUGCCCAGAAACUCCGUCCAGAGCCAGGGUUGCGGAGCCCCGCUGCUCCCCCUUGGAAGGCGCAGGAGACCCUUUGCGGAAGAGACCGCGGAACGACGGACAGCCAGUGCGCUCGAUCCUGAUCCCGGGCCGCUCCGGGGCGCGCCCGCGGCUUCAGGUCCUUCCUGGAGCCGCUGCCAUGGGAGAGCUAGCCUCGGGCGCCCGGGACCAGCCACCGCUGCCACCGCACGAGCCUCGGAGCCGCGGCCCCAGAGCCGGCGCCCGCAGCCGGCCCGCUGCGUCCUCCUCCCGGGUUGUAGGGCCGCCUCCGCCGCGCCGCCGGUCCGGGCUGUGCCUGUGAUGAGCCGCAGCCCGCCGCGAGCUCUGCCCCCGGGCGCGCUCCCCCGGCUGCUCCCGGCUGUGCCCGCCGCCGCGCCGCACGCCCUGCUGCCGCCGUGGCCCCGGCGCCCGGGACGCCGCUGGCCCGUGUCCCCGCUCGGAAUGAAGGUGUUCCGCAGGAAGGCGCUGGUGCUGUGCGCGGGCUAUGCGCUGCUGCUGGUGCUCACUAUGCUUAAUCUCCUGGACUACAAGUGGCACAAGGAGCCGCUGCAGCAGUGCAACCCCGACGGGCGGCUGGGGGCUGCGGCCGGGCCCGGCUGGGGACGCUCGGGGCUGCCCCCCGCCGCGCCGCCCCGCGCCCACACGCGCCUAGACCCGCGCACCCCAUACCGCCCUCCCCCUGCCGCCGUGGCCGGGGCCGCUCCCGCGGGCGCCGCAGGGCUGGCGGGGGCUGCGUCCCCUCCGGGUAAUGGCACUCGGGGCGCCGGGGGCGGCGGGGCCAAGCGGCAGCUGGUGUACGUGUUCACCACGUGGCGUUCGGGCUCGUCCUUCUUCGGCGAGCUCUUCAACCAGAAUCCCGAGGUGUUCUUUCUCUACGAGCCAGUGUGGCACGUGUGGCAAAAACUCUACCCCGGGGACGCCGUCUCCCUGCAGGGGGCGGCGCGGGACAUGCUGAGCGCUCUCUACCGCUGCGACCUCUCGGUCUUCCAGCUGUACAGCCCGGCGGGCAGCGGGGGGCGCAACCUCACCACGCUGGGCAUCUUCGGCGCGGCCACCAACAAGGUGGUGUGCUCGUCGCCUCUCUGCCCCGCCUAUCGCAAGGAGAUUGUGGGGCUGGUGGACGACCGCGUGUGCAAGAAGUGCCCGCCGCAGCGCCUGGCGCGCUUCGAGGAGGAGUGCCGCAAAUACCGCACGCUGGUCAUCAAGGGCGUGCGUGUCUUCGACGUGGCCGUGCUGGCGCCGCUGCUGCGAGACCCCGCCCUGGACCUCAAGGUCAUCCACCUGGUGCGUGACCCCCGGGCGGUGGCAAGCUCACGCAUCCGCUCACGCCAUGGCCUCAUCCGUGAGAGUCUACAGGUGGUGCGUAGCCGUGACCCGCGAGCCCACCGCAUGCCCUUCCUGGAGGCUGCUGGCCAUAAGCUGGGUGCCAAGAAGGAGGGCAUGGGCGGCCCGGCCGACUACCACGCGCUGGGUGCCAUGGAGGUCAUUUGCAACAGCAUGGCCAAGACGUUGCAGACGGCGCUGCAGCCUCCGGAUUGGCUACAGGGCCACUACCUGGUGGUGCGGUACGAGGACCUGGUGGGAGACCCUGUCAAGACCUUGCGGAGGGUGUACGACUUUGUGGGGUUGCUGGUGAGCCCCGAAAUGGAGCAGUUUGCCCUGAACAUGACCAGUGGCUCGGGCUCUUCGUCCAAGCCUUUCGUGGUGUCUGCGCGCAAUGCCACACAGGCCGCCAACGCCUGGCGGACUGCCCUCACCUUUCAGCAAAUCAAACAGGUGGAGGAGUUUUGCCACCAGCCCAUGGCCGUGCUGGGUUACGAGCGGGUUAACAGCCCCGAGGAGGUCAAAGACCUGAGCAAGAGCCUGCUUCGGAAGCCCCGGCUCUGAGUGGAGCUUCCAGGAGAGCUGACGCCCAGUGGUGGUGGUGGUGGGAGGAGGAGGAUGGUGGUGUGUUUACUACAGUUUAAACAGUCCUGACCCAAAC